AUGGCUGCGUCCCCGGCGGGGUCGGUGGUGAGCGCCGGGCUGGAUGAGAACCCCACGGGGCUGAGCCCAGCCCCUGGGAAGGAGCUGAGCCCGGUGCUGCUGUGCAAGGUGUGUGGGGACACCAGCAGUGGGAAGCACUACGGCAUCUACGCCUGCAAUGGCUGCAGCGGCUUCUUCAAGCGCAGCGUCCGCAGGAAGCUCAUCUACAGGUGCCAGGCAGGGACAGGGCUGUGCCCAGUGGACAAGGCUCACCGCAACCAGUGCCAGGCCUGCCGGCUCAAGAAGUGCCUGCAGGCUGGCAUGAACAAGGAUGCUGUGCAGAACGAGCGCCAGCCCCGCAGCACAGCCCAGGUCCAGCUGGACAGCAUCCAGCUGGAUGCUGAGCUGCCCCCUGAGCACGUGGCCACCACAUGUGACGUUCCCCCAUCAACCUGUCCGGCUCCUCGUGGUCCUGGUGCCACUGUCACCCCGGGUCCCCGAGCGCCCACACCGCCCACCAACCAUCGCUUCAUGGCCAGCCUGAUGACGGCCGAGACCUGCGCCAAGCUGGAGCCCGAGGACGCUGAUGAGACGGUGGAUGUGACGGGCAGCGAGCCGGAGCGGGCGGCUGGCGAGUACCAGGUGGCGCCGUACCCGGCAGCCAGCCCCGAAAACAUCUACGAGACCUCAGCACGGCUCCUCUUCAUGGCCGUGAAAUGGGCCAAGAACCUGCCCGUCUUCUCCAACCUGCCCUUCCGUGACCAGGUGAUCCUGCUGGAGGAAGCAUGGAGUGAGCUGUUCCUGCUCUGUGCCAUCCAGUGGUCCAUGCCCCUGGAGAGCUGCCCGCUCCUGGCUGUCCCUGAGCCGGGCCCUGGGAAGCUGCUGCCGGCCACCCUGGACGUGCGGGCGCUGCAGGAGACCCUCGGCCGCUUCAAGGCCUUGGCUGUUGACCCCACGGAAUUUGCCUGCAUGAAGGCCGUGGUGCUCUUCAAACCAGAGACCCGUGGCCUGAAGGACCCUGAGCAGGUGGAGAACCUGCAGGACCAGUCACAGGUGAUGCUGGGCCAGCACAACCGUUCCCACUACCCCGGGCAACCCGUCAGGUUUGGGAAGCUGCUGCUGCUCCUGCCAGCGCUGCGCUUCAUCUCCUCGGAGCGCGUGGAGCUGCUCUUCUUCCGCCGCACCAUCGGCAACACCCCCAUGGAGAAGCUGCUGUGUGACAUGUUCAAGAACUGA